AUGUCACCCCGACGCCAACCUCUCCGUCCUCGCGCAAGACGUCCGCGCUCUGGGCUCGACAGCUUCGCCACACCGAGCCGAUCAAGUUCUGGCCUACUGGAGUGUUUCGGGGUGGUCAAGAACCAAAAAGAGAACACCGGACGGGUGGAUUCGUUUGACUUUAUCUUUAGGAUACCCAGGAACAUGCGGCAGCCACGCAGCCUCCGCGACCACCUGUGCGCCGGGGACAGCUACUCGCUCAGCGCCGUGUUCGCAAUUGCCAAGCGACUCGCGCUCUCUGUCAGCUAUGUCCACAUCAUGGGGUUCGUGCACAAGAACAUCCAGCCCGAGACCGUCUUGGUCUUCGACGACGGGAGAUCCCCACUGGGAUGGUCCGCCCUCGCGGGCUUCCGGACGGUUCGCAUGGCCGACGGCAAGACGCUGCGGCACGGGAAUUCCGCCUGGGACCGGAACUUGUACCGCCAUCCUGAUCGGCAGGGGCUGCUCCCCGACACUGAUUAUACAAUGCAGCACGAUAUCUACAGUCUUGGGGUCUGUCUGCUGGAGAUCGGGCUCUGGCGGGCCCUCGUGGUGUAUGAUCCGGAUGGCUCGCCCUCUCUCGCGAAAACGACGGCCAGCUUUCCUGCCAUUGGCAACCCCAACUUGAAAGAUGUUCUCGUUACCUUGGCCACAGACGUGCUGCCGCAGCGGAUUGGAAACAAGUUCGCAUAG